AUGUCGGUCCGUAUCGUCCUUGAUGAGCCGGAAAACAGGUGCUACACCAACCUCGAUUUCUUGACCGGCUCCGUCUAUCUCAUCCUCCCCAAUGACACCGCCAUCUCUGCCAUCACGGUCAAGCUCGAGGGUGAGAGCCGUACUCGACUCACCGCACCCAAGUUUCCUGGAAAUGAGCGGUCGGACAAGAAGAGAGUGGAGCUAGAAUUACACAAGCUUUUGUACAAAGUCCUCACGGUCUUCCCAACGGCUGAGUUUAGAGAGAAGACCACAAGUACCACUGGGCAUACUCUGCUCGCAGGGCAAUAUGUAUAUCCUUUCAAGUUCAAAUUUCCUUUUAAUAACGAUUGCACGAAUACUCCCAAUGCUUUGAAAGAUAUCAAGGUUGGACAGGUCAAUCUACAAUUUGCUCCGGUCAUCACCAAACAUGUCAAGAAAACCCUGCCACCAUCUCUGACUGGAUUCCCUGGAGAAGCUGAGAUCAAGUACUAUGUCAAGGCCACUGUCGUGAAGCCUAAAUUCUUUCAAGAGAAUAUAAGAUCGGUCACUGAUAUCAAAUUUUUGCCAAUCGAACCACCUCGGGGGCCCGAUAGUCAUGAGGAAACCUUUGCCCGCCGGAAGCGUCAAUUUCAGCGAUAUGGUGCACAGGCUCAGAAGAAAAGCCCCUUCAAAAAGUCUUCGAUACCCGAUUCGGCUGAGGGAGAGCCUCCUGCAUUUCAAGUGGAUGCGCGACUACCAAGUCCUGCUAUAGUGACCUGCAAUGAACCACUUCCUUUACGAAUACUAGUCGAAAAGCUAAACGACAGUUCCGCCAGUGUCUUUCUCAGCAUGUUUCAAAUCGAGCUCUUCGGAUAUACUCAGAUCAGAGCCCACGAUCUGGAGCGAGUUGAGAGCAGCAGCUGGCUGCUUACCUCCCAAGCAAAUAUGAACAUGCCACUGGGCAACCCUGUUGACAAAUCUCGGAAAGAGUGGAAGCUGCCCUCGCGACUCUGGGAGGCAUUACCGAUCCCGAACACUGUCGCUCCAAGCUUCGAAACUUGCAAUCUCGCUCGAAGUUAUGAGUUAGAGGUACGGGUUGGACUAGCGCACGGCAUGUCAGGCGGUGUUCGACCGGAGCUCAUGGUUCUACCUUUGAGACUUCCUGUUUCGGUUUUCUCUGGAAUUGCCCCCCCACAAAAACUGUUAGAGUUGAUGGCGAAUAAUCCUCGGCCACAACCAAUUCCAGCCGCCUUAUUUCCGAGACCUCAGGAAAGCAAAGCCACGCACAGCCCAUCAGACCCGUCCAUGCCUAGCACUCCAUUGCAUGGCCCUACAACACCACUGACCGAGAUCAAUUCUUACCCAGCCCCUGUUGGCACUUAUACUAGCCAGCAACCGUCGGAUUUCCCAGAUGAAGCUCCUCCGCCCUCUUACGAGGAUGCCAUUGCAGAUGAAGUGGCUCCAGUAGAUGGACCACGGCGCGAUUACCAUCUAGCCUCAUCAGGUGGAGUGCAGGGAGCAGCUUUCAAUUCAGACUCGAAGAGCGGGCUGGGCCGUCGUGUCAGCGAACGAUUAUUUGCUUCAAAUGCCCCAGUCAGUCCGUUCAGGAGCGUAUCUACACCCUCUGUGAUGAAUUCGAAUACGAUUGCAGAGAACCACCAUGAGGAGACGUCCCAAACCUCCCCACACACUGCAGAGAGUCUUCCACGAUCACCGACAUGGAAGCAUAGCCUGAGUAGCAAGUUUGGCGGAGAAAAAGGUUGA